GCUAUUUCGCAUUCAUUUUUUUCCGACGGCCCUGGUUAGCAACAUAAUCAUCUCAUAAAAUGUCAACUUUCAAGGACAAAGUGAUUAUUGUGACAGGAGCCAGUUCUGGAAUUGGCGCCGGGGCAGCUGUUCAUUUGGCCAGUCUGGGCGGACUUUUGGUCGUUGUGGGACGCAAUGUGGAGAAACUCAAGGAGACGGCUGCCAAGAUUGUGGCGGUCGGUGGAGCACCUGCUCUAGAGCUUCAAGCUGACAUGACCAAGGAGGCGGACGUAGAGCAGAUAGUGACCGCCACUUUAGCCAAAUACGGACGCAUCGAUGUGCUCAUCAACAAUGCGGGUAUUUUGGAGACUGGCUCUAUUGAGAACACCAGCUUGGAGCAGUUCGACCGUCUGAUCAACACAAAUGUGCGCUCCUUGUACCAGCUAACUAUGCUGGCCACUCCGGAGUUGAUCAAAACAAAGGGAAACAUCGUCAAUGUCUCCAGCGUCUGCGGACUAAGAGCUUUUCCAGGAGUCCUAGCCUACAAUGUCUCCAAGGCAGCGGUGGAUCAGUUUACAGCCUGCGUGGCCUUGGAACUGGCUUCCAAAGGUGUUCGCGUUAAUGCCGUCAAUCCGGGAGUGAUUGUCACCGAGAUCCACAAGCGUGGUGGUAUGGAUGAGGAGGCGUAUGCCAAGUUCUUGGCGCACUGCAAGGUAACCCAUGCUCUGGGUCGUCCUGGAGAUGUACAGGAAGUGGCUGCAGCCAUUGCCUUCCUGGCCAGCGAUGCUGCCAGCUUUAGUACGGGAGUGAGCUUGCCCGUGGACGGAGGUCGCCAUGCCAUGUGCCCACGAUAGUUUGGGACCUUGAGGCAGGAAAUUCAUUGGAGCAUAUGAA